AUGUCCGACUCAGAAAUGCCCACACGACCUCCGCUGUUCUUUGCUAGCUCAGACUCAGAAGAUGAAGAUGUUCCAAUGGAUGCAGAGGCUGAACCCGCUACUUCUGAAAGAGCAUCGUCUCCCGCCUCUUCUCGUUUGUUUUCUGAGGGGAGCGAUGCUGAAAAAGACCCCAUUAAGAAACGCCCCAUCCUUGUCGACUCUGACUCCGACUCUGCAAAGAAUGCGGCGCGGAAGCCGCCUCCCGCCAAAAAAAGACGUGUUUCUCCCCCGCCCCCGCCUCCCAGUCCACCCGCUGUCCAGCUUAUGUAUCUGGGCGACCUGGUUUGGGGACAUGGAUGGAGCAAUGUCUCUGGCAAGGGGUAUAUAAAGCCUGGCGAAGAGGUCAAAAUAAAACGCGAAACAGUCCCCACCAAGGCCGAAAACAAGGCUGUGGCAAAGGGGAAGAAGGGCGGGGACGGGAAAAAGCAGAUGUCGCUCGCUGCGAUGCUUAAGCAGCCCUCGAAGACCGCUGCUGCCAAAUCCAAGAAGACAGACACUAUUGUCCGCCUCUACAACUCGCGUGGCUUUCAAAUUGGUCGUCUUCCUGAUGCAGUAUCUUCCUGGGUGGCGCGGUUACUUGAUCUUGACAUCAUUGAAUUUCGCGGCCAAAUGGUAGACUGUCCUGAGAGGUUGACUACGGGUUGCAAUCUAGUCAUUUCCGUUGGGGUAUACAUGCUUCCAACAGCCUUCCAGCCUUCUAAAAUGGACACCGACACGAACGAGAAGCCACCUGUAAUGUUUUCCGAGGGCGUAGAGACACUGGACGAACAGCUAUUGCGCGAGCGAAAAGCAUCGAUUCUCAAGCUAUUCGAUGAACUCAACCUUCGACCAACAGCGGGUGCCAACUUUGCUCAGCGGAAAUCGGACGAGGAGAUACACGACGAAGCGAUGAAAAAAAUGGCUCCAGCUAAAAGCAAAAAGGUAACGGAGAUUGUGGGAGACGGUGAAGAAAUUGAGGUCGAGGAGGGCGAGGAGGUGACGGACAAUGAUCUUGCCAUGAUAUUCCAGAAGGCACAGAAAGGUGACCGCGCGAUGGGCGAGAUGGACCCGCCCGAAACCUUUACGCUGUCGCUGAGAGGGUACCAGAAGCAGGCGUUACUCUGGAUGUCUUCAAUAGAGCUAGGCAAAAUGGAUGCCCGUGAGGCAGCAUCAAUGCACCCGCUUUGGAGCCAAUAUCUUUUCCCGCUCCCGCAUUCGGACGGUAUCAUCGAUUUGACUGCCGACCAGAAGCCAUUUUACUUCAAUCCCUAUUCCGGCGAACUCAGUCUCGACUUUCCCAAAGCCGAACGACAAGGCCGCGGCGGGAUUUUGGCGUUGGUGGCACAUUUUGCGCUUCAGUCCGCUGACGAAACAGAGAUGGGAAUGGGCAAGACCAUCGAACUGGCUGCGCUCAUACACACCAACUGCGAGCCCGACAUCGACCGGCCGGUCGAGGAGAAGCCUGUCGGGAACAAACACCGCCAGCUCAAACUAAGCAAUGCGUUCAAGAAGGUUCCGCGGAAGAAAGGCGCCAAACCUCCGACAGCGACGCUGAUUGUGGCCCCAACAUCGCUCCUCGCACAAUGGGAGUCAGAAUUGCAGCGGUGCAGCAAGCCCGGGACGCUCGAAACGGUCGUUUGGCACGGGCAAAACCGGCUGGACCUGCAGGGCAUGCUGGAUGAUGACGAUGCGGGUUCGAUCAAGGUGGUGGUAACCUCGUAUGGUGUGCUUGCGUCCGAACAUGCAAAGGUGGACAAGUCAAAGUCCCCGCUAUUCGAGGUUGAAUGGCUUCGUGUGGUCCUAGACGAGGCACACGCAUGUAAAUCAAGGACGAGCAAAACCGCCAAGGCUGUCUAUGCACUCAGUGCUCGCCGGCGCUGGGCAGUUACUGGGACACCAAUCGUCAAUAAAUUGGAAGAUCUAUACUCGUUAUUAAAGUUCCUUGACUUCAAACCUUGGGCCGAUUUCUCAUUCUUUCGCUCAUUCAUUACCUUACCGUUCCUCGCUCACGAUCCUAAAGCGAUCGAAAUUGUGCAGAUUAUUCUUGAAUCCAUCCUCCUGCGGAGAGAAAAGACGAUGCUCGACACGAACGGCAAGCGUAUCGUAGAGUUGCCACCGAAGGAGGUCGUUGUUGAGUACCUCGACUUCUCCAGUCUCGAGCGCAGGAUAUACGACAGCCUGUUCAAUUCCGCCAAGCGAGAUUUCCUCCGACUCGAUGCCAAGGGCUUGGUGGGGAAGAACUACACCCACAUUCUUGCGAUGCUCAUGCGUCUACGGCGUGCUGUUUUACACCCGAAUCUCGUCCUCACAAGCCGCGAUGAACCCAACAAGUCCAGUCAAGACGAGGAGGACAUCGAUGUUAACGAGCUUAUUCAGCGUUUCGCAAACGACGACGACGCGGCUGGGGCGAACGUGUUCGCCCAAAACGCCCUGCAAAACCUAGAUAUUCCUGAUGACGACGCGGAAUGCCCCGUCUGUAUGGACGUCAUGGAACUUCCGAUGGUCAUUCCCGAGUGCAUGCAUCGCUGUUGCAAAGAUUGUCUAUUAACCAUAUGCGCGAAGGCGGAGGAGGGUGGUAAAGAUGCUACUUGUCCUACAUGCUCCCGAGGUCCAAUAAGGGAAAAAGAGCUGAUGGAGGUAUUCCGGCCGCCCAGGAGCUCGCAGAACCCCGAACCCGCGGUAAUUCUGCGCAAGAACGACUUUCGCUCAUCGACCAAACUCGAUGCGCUGAUGCAUAACCUCCGUUUUAUGCAGGAAAGCUGCGGGAACAAGAUCCGUGUUUCCGCGCGGUCGUCUUUUUCGCAGUUCACGUCCUUCCUGGACCUCAUCCAGAUCGUGCUCAAGCGGGACCACUUUGAGCACUAUCGCUUUGAUGGCUCGAUGGAUGUGAAGACACGGGGCGCGGCCAUUGAGCAGUUUAAGGCGCCUGCCAGAAAAGCGAAGGUCUUGGUCGUCAGUUUGAAAGCGGGGGGUGUUGGACUGAAUCUCACUGUGGCAAACCAUGUCUUCAUGAUGGACUGCUGGUGGAAUGCGGCCAUCGAGAAUCAAGCCAUCGACCGUGUUCACCGAAUUGGACAGGAAAAGACUGUCUAUGUCAAACACUUCAUCAUUGCACACACAAUUGAGGGCCGGAUACUGCAGAUCCAGAAGCGAAAGACCGCCAUCAUCAAGGAAGCAUUCCGCAGCUCUGGGGACGGCAAGGGAGACCCAGAGAGUAUUGAGAACCUGAAGAUCAUGUUUGGAGACGAGGAAGAGUGA